CAUUUCUCAGUUACCUCAGUUUCCCUCCAAAUGAGGGGCGAAAGCCCCCGGCUGGAAGGAUACUGAGGCUCGAAGUCGGCCCGGUGGCUGCCUGGCAGAGGCGGCCGUCUCCGAAGGGGCGGGGCUUAUCCUAGCCCCACCCCUGGGGCCCGCCCCCUCCUCAGAGCGCUCAGUCUCAGCUCUCUGACCCGCGCGCUGCUGUCAGUACUGCGGGCUUUGGGCUAUGGAUGCCCCCGGGACCCCGGCCCACACCGCCGCCCCAGGCCUGGGUAGGAAGGAGCUGAAGAUCGUGAUCGUGGGCGACGGCGGCUGCGGCAAGACUUCACUGCUGAUGGUGUACAGCCGGGGCUCCUUCCCCGAGCACUACGCCCCAUCUGUGUUCGAGAAGUACAAGGCCAACGUGACCGUGGGCAGCAAGGAGGUGACCCUGAACCUCUAUGACACCGCCGGGCAGGAGGACUACGACCGACUGCGGCCCCUGUCCUACCAGAACACCCACCUCGUGCUCAUCUGCUAUGAUGUCAUGAACCCCACCAGCUUUGACAAUGUCACCAUCAAGUGGUUUCCUGAAGUCGCGCAUUUCUGCCCUGGGACACCCAGGGUGCUCAUUGGCUGCAAGACAGAUUUGAGGAAGGACAAGGAGCUGCUGCGGAAGCUGCGGGUGGCCCAGCUUGAGCCCAUCACCUACCUGCAGGGCCUGAGCACCUGUGAAAAGAUAGAAGCUGCCCUCUACCUGGAAUGUUCCGCCAAGUUUCGGGAGAACGUGGAGGACGUCUUCCGAGAGGCCACCAAGGUUGCCCUCAGUGCUCUGAAGAAAGCACAGCGGAAGAAACACCACCGGCCGUGCCUGCUGCUCUGACCCCUGCAAGGCGGGCCAUACGGUCCUCGGAACAGAACUGACAGGGCUCAGGUGCCCAGGCUGCUCCCUGGAUCCUGCCCCUCCCCGUUUUCAAAGGGCACUUAGGGUUGGGCGUCUCCAAUGCCUGGUGUCUGAAGCCUGUGGCGAGACUCUUAGAACAUUCUGGAGCUCCCUCUUUUCCCAGCUGGGGCUCUGACCAUGAACUCACCUCUGGGGUCCCACGGGAGCUGUGGCCUGCACAGUGGUGGGUGAGGGUGCCUGACUUAGUCCCUCUGUACCCUAGAACUGGCAUUUGUCCCCAGGACUCAGGAGUGCCUCUUCACACCUUCCCCCCAGCCAUACGUGUCCCCCUUUGCACUCCAAUAAGGUACUGAAAGCCUGUGCUUGAAAUGACAAACUACACUGGAUAUGUGGGUAAAUGGGGAUUUGGCAGCAGUCCCCACGGCUCCCCCAAGCCUGCUGCUCCCUGGGCUCCCGAGAUAGGCACAGCUGCAUCCUCCAGCUUCUUGCUUCCUUCCCCCAGGAACUCUGGGGUCACGAUGGGGCUGGGCCUAUCAGGAGAACACAGGCAGCAGCCUAAAUAUGGGGGCCAGCACCACACCCACCCACUCUGCCCUUCUGCCCCACACAGAGGACAAUCGCAGCCUUCGCCUCUGCUGCCAUCUUUUAAGAGCUGAGCGCACACACGCAAGACAAGAACCUCUCAGAAAGCAAAACAAACACCCUGGACCACCCACCUGACCCCAGCUCAGGGUCUCCUCACCUGCAACACCCCCCACUGCUGGAUACGCGAGAUGAAAAGUGACAUCAGCCCCUGAUCUUGGGCAGGUCAGUUCUCUCUACAGACUGUUUGCCUGUCUGCAAAAGGAUGGCACCGGCUCAUUUAAAUAGUCAUCAAGCUCCCCCCUGCCCCUCACAGCCACCAUUUCUGUCAAGAUGUGUUCUGGAGCCUAGACCAUCCCGGCCUCCUUUAAGAACGGACUUCAUCGAUCCCCUGCCGCAAAUGCACUGAACAUUGUUCCAGAAGGUCGGGAGUUGGGGGAACCAGGAGUUUUUAAACAAGUGCCCCCGGUGAUUCUAAUACCCCAAAGACCGAGAGCUGCCUGGUUCCUGAGUGGGCUCAGGUGUCAGCGUUACCUAAGGUGGGAUGAUGGCUUAAGGCCUGCCUCAGCCGCCGCCCUGCCCACUGUUGUGACCCCACUAAGCCUGAGCCUCUCUAAAGUCAACGCUAGGGAGAGAUUUCUGAAGUCCACCCCACCCCACUGACAUUCCCCACGACCCUGCCAUGCCCUGGGGACACAACAGCAUGUUCAUACCAAGGACCUCUUAUUCUAGCAGAAUCCAAGGCCUUGUGGACAAAUGAUGGUGUAGGACAGAGAUGAGCAAACUAUGGCCUGUGUGCCAAAUCUGGCCGCUGUGUGUUUUUGUAAAUAAAAGUUGUAUUAGAACACAGCCAUACCCAUUCAUUUAUGCAUGGGCUGCUUUUGCCCUAUAACUAACUGUAGGCUAAAGUAGUUGUGACAGACCAGCUGGCCUUCCAAGCCUAAAAGUUACCAUCUGGCCCUUUACAGGACAGGUUUGCCAACGCCUACUCUAGGGCAAACCCAGGUACCUAAAGGGCCAGAUGGGAGGCCCAAAGAGUGAAGUAGGGCAGGGACGAAAGGGAAUGGUGGGGCCUGCGGCAAACCAGAGAGUAAGCCCACCACCCUAG